UAGAAAGUAGAAAUUUUAUUGGCGUUUAUUACCAGGUCUUGGAAAUGUUGGAAAUGCCGUUGUUAAAAAUCUUCAAAAUGCUGGGUAUGGAGUAAGCUGUGUACUAGAUGUAGAUGGAUCUAAGUGUAAAGAAUUCCAAACCUCAGAUUGUACAACAGCAUCUAAUCCAAGAGAACUUAUUGAACAGGUUGAUGUUGUAUUUACUGCUCUUCCUAUGCCUCCCCAUGUCAAGGCAGUAUUUGAGGGGGAUACAGGAUUGUUGUCUGGAAUAUCUGAUGGAAAAAUCUGGAUUGAUCACUCGACUACAGAUUACGAGCAGACGGUGGCAAUGAACGACCUGGUAAAGUUGAAAGGGGGUAGGAUGCUUGAGGCGCCAGUCACGGGAGGUUUAGAGGCUUUAAAAAAGGGGCAGAUGACGGUUUUUAUGGCGGGAGAAAAAUCUUUGGCGGAACAGGUUCAACCAAUGUUAGAGGAUAUCUACUGUAAUGUAAUUUAUACUGGAGUAAUGGGAACAGCCCUUGUGCCAAAGGUUUUGUCCAAUAUGUUGACUUGUGUACAUAAUCUUGCCAUGGGAGAAGUAUUCAUGAUAGCGAAGAAGUCGGGUGUUGACAUGAAAACCUGUUUUGAUUGUAUCCGGGCCAGUGCCGGAAACUCUUUUGUGUUUGAGACAGGCGGCCCAAUGUUAAUGCAGGGAACAUAUGAUCCUUCCUUCAGUAUAGCACUACAGUGUAAGGAUAACCGUCUAGGCUAUCAGAUUGCAACUAAACAUAGGGUUCCUAUGGAGAUUUUGGGUCAUGCAAUGCAAACAUAUAACAGAGCAAUGUAUAAGUAUGGAUGCUCCCUGGUAUAUUUAGAGCAAUAUUGUGUAAAGUAUGGAUGCUCCCUGGUAUAUUUAGAGCAAUAUUGUAUAACGUAUGGAUGCUUCCUGGUAUAUUUAGAGCAAUAUUGUAUAAAGUAUGGAUGCUCCCUGGUAUAUUUUGGGCAAUGUUGAAAUAUGCUGAUGAUGCUCCCUGCUAUCUUUAGAGCAAUGUUUAAGUAUAGUGAUGAUGCUCCCUGCUAUAUUUAGAAAAAUAUUUAAGUAUGGUGAUGA